GGAGCGCGAGCCAAGGAAAAGGAGAGGGCGGGACCCGCGCGGGUUUCGUUGCCAAGGCUCCGGUCGUCAAGUAGCAGCCAAUCAGGGCCCGCGGAGGAGAUGCCUGGCAGGCCAGACGGGCCUGGCCGAAGAAGGAGGGAAGUAGACGCCGCGUUGUUACUAGAGCUGCUUCCUGGUCUCCACCUCUCUUCCUAGAGAAUCCAAGUAAAAGAAGCCAUCUCUAUCGUCCAAACUUUGUCCUUUUACAAAUAAAACGUUGCCGAAUCCGCUGCAGGACGGAAGACAAACCGGAGUCGGGCUUCUGGGGGGUUGAGCCCCAUCAAUGCUGCUGAAGACAAGGCCUCUUUGGCGGAAGAAGAAGAAGAGGGCCCUUUCUUCUCAGCGGCCCCAUGAUGGCCACUGCCGCCGUCGCCACCAAGACGGCCUGGAAGCUGCAGGAGAUCACAGCUCACAGCAGCAGUGUCUCUUCCCUGGUUCUGGGCAAGAGCUCUGGGCGACUUCUUGCCACCGGUGGAGAAGACUGCCGGGUCAAUAUCUGGUCCGUCAACAAGCCCAACUGCAUCAUGAGCCUGACAGGCCACACCACGCCGGUGGAGAGCGUGAAGAUCAACACCAAUGAAGAGCUGAUCGUUGCCGGGUCUCAGUCCGGCUCUAUUCGCAUCUGGGACCUGGAGGCUGCCAAAAUUCUCCGCACCUUAAUGGGCCACAAAGCCAACAUCUGCAGCCUGGACUUCCAUCCGUUCGGGGGUUUCGUGGCCUCGGGAUCCAUGGACACCAACAUUAAGCUUUGGGAUGUGAGAAGGAAAGGCUGCGUCUUCAGGUACAAGGGCCACUCGCAGGCCGUCCGCUGCCUCCGCUUCAGCCCAGACGGGAAAUGGCUGGCGUCUUCCUCGGACGAUCACACAGUGAAGCUCUGGGACUUGGCUGCUGGGAAGAUUAUGUUUGAGUUCGCGGGACACACGGGGCCAGUGAACAUGGUGGAAUUCCAUCCCAACGAAUACCUUUUGGCCUCGGGGAGCUCCGACAGAAUGAUCAGGUUCUGGGACUUGGAGAAGUUCCAGGUGGUGAGCUGCAUCGAGGAAGAGGCCACACCUGCCAGGUGCGUCCUCUUCAACCCGGACGGCUGCUGCCUCUUUGCCGGCUGCCAGGACGCCCUGCGAGUUUACGGCUGGGAACCGGAGCGCUGCUUCGACGUAGUGCCCGUCAGCUGGAGCAAAGUGGCUGACCUCUCCAUCUGCAACAACCAGUUGAUCGGCGUCUCUUUCUCGCAAAGCGUGGUCUCCUCCUUCGUGGUGGACCUCAACCGUGUCACCAGAUCUGGCUCCGGCCUCCAGGGCCUGAUCCGGGAUGACCGACCCCCCGCGCAGCAGCUCCCGCCAACUGGAUCCUCCCUGCGGCGCAUCUACGAACGGCCCUCCACCGCAUGCAGCAAACCUCAGCGAGUCAAGCACAACUCGGAGAGCGAGAGGCGCAGCCCCAGCAGCGAAGACGACCGGGAAGAGAAGGAAUCCACCGCCGAAAUCCAGAACCCAGAGGACUACCAAGAGAUCUUCCAGCCAAAGAAUUCCAUCACCCGAACUCCUCCGCACAAGAGUGAGCCUUUUCCUGCACCUCCGGAAGAUGAACCACCGCCGGUUGCCAAAGAGGCCUCCAAGCCCAGCCAGACUGCGGACCUCCUGGCCCCCCUGCCGAGCCAAGAGAACAAUCCAGAACCUGUGCAGCGGCCACCCCUGGCCUCCUCAACUCCUUUGGCCCGGACGGAGCCUUCAGCCGUCAUCCCAGCCGCCCGGAAUGAACCCAUUGGCCUCAAGGCCUCUGACUUCCUGCCGGCCGUGAAGAACCAAAGCCUGGCAGAGAUUGUGGAUGAGGAGGCCGUCUCCCAGAUCCGGAAGGGCCACGACACCAUGUGCGUGGUGCUCACCUCCCGACACAAGAACCUGGACACUGUCAGGGCCGUCUGGAACACCGGAGACAUCAAGACCUCGGUGGACUCAGCGGUGGCCAUCAAUGAUCUCUCAGUCGUGGUGGAUCUCCUGAACAUCGUCAACCAAAAGGCGUCCCUUUGGAAGCUGGAUCUGUGCACCGUCAUCCUGCCCCAGAUUGAGAAGCUCUUGCAAAGCAAAUACGAAAGUUAUGUCCAGACGGGCUGCACUUCUUUGAAGCUGAUCCUGCAGCGGUUCCUCCCACUGAUCACCGACAUCCUGGCUGCGCCGCCUUCCGUCGGGGUGGACAUCUCCCGGGAGGAGAGGCUCCACAAAUGCCGCCUUUGCUACAAGCAACUGAAGAACAUCAGCAACGUCAUCAAGAACAAGUCUGGGCUGAGCGGGCGCCACGGGAGCGCUUUCCGAGAGCUGCACCUCCUGAUGGCCGUCUUGGAGUGAGAGGAGCCCCGAUAACAACAACGCUGUCUACUCUUUGUGCGGUCCCUGUCUCUACCGCCAAAAGGAGGGAAAAGGCCCAGGCGGGGUUCUGCUCCCACCCCAGUGCCUUACAAGGCAAGAUCUCUUCCAAGGAGGCCUUCCCGGAGCUGUGCCUCCCUCCUGCUUCCUUUUCUGCGACUCGAACCGGGUUCCGCAAGUUUCUUUGGGACGAAAGAGGUGUCCUCUUUCCCAAGUCAGUAUCACAGAGGGCUGUCUCCCCCUCCACAAUCCCACUCCCCUUUCACAUGUGUUGGAGCCUGCUGUCAAUAAAGCUAUAACUUAUGAUGCAUUGUAAUAAAAAACACAUAUACAUUCGUAA